AGACGCCAUCGUGAUGGUAUGUUAAUGUGCGUUUUAGUACGCCACUCUGUCGGCAACACGCGGUGUCAAUACGCAAAUACGUCAAUUUACGCUAGCACAAGUUUCUGUGUGAAUAAAUACUCUUUGGUGACUUGCGAUUUUAAAAAAUAAUUAAAAGUGACAUUGGAAUUAUUUUGAAUUUGGAACAUUUUCCAAGUGUUUGUGUGUGUGAAAACUUUAUGGAUUUUUUAUAUUAAUCUGUGGACGGUGAGCUUAUUGUAUUUUUAAUGAGAUCACAGCCGGAGCGUAAAUCAAAAACCAAUACAUCAAACUAAGAACACCCCAAAAAUAAACAUGGCGUCCAAUACGAGCGGAUCCAAAAAUAAAACCAAACUCAACACAUAGGGGAAGUUCAGUGUACAUUUCAAAAUGUAAAAAUAAAAAUAAACUAACAGGAUAUCCGUAUGAAUGUACCGCCAAAGUGAUAAUUAUGUUGAACUAAUUUUACAUAAAAUAACAUGAGAUUGUAUGCAAAGUGAUAAACAUAUACAUGUGAAUGUAUUCAAGUGACUUUAAUAAUGUCGAACUGUUAUAGGAUGAGAUUGACGAGUCGUUGUGUUACACCUCUGUUUUUGCUGUUGCGGACUCGGCUAGUGUGUGUUUUUGUGUUGUGUUGUGUUAAUGUGUGCGGUGGUUACGUGGAGCAGAAAUUCGCCAUGGAACCACAAGAUCAGACUGCCGUAGUAGGGUCAAGGGUAACGUUGCCUUGCCGCGUGGAGAACAAGGCGGGUCAACUUCAGUGGACGAAGGACGACUUCGGCCUUGGACUUCACAGGGAGCUUAGCGGUUACGACCGGUAUAAGAUGAUCGGGAGUGAUGAAGAGGGUGAUUACUCGUUGGACAUACGAGAGGUGACGUUAGACGACGAUGCGAAAUAUCAGUGCCAAGUCAGUUCCGGUGUAAGAGGUGAACCUGCAAUUAGGUCACGCUACGCCCGCCUAACAGUUCUAGUACCGCCUGAACCGCCAAAAAUACUGCAAGGGAAUUUCUACUCUACGACAGAAGACAGAAUAAUCAAAUUGGAGUGCGUGUCCGUUGGAGGCAAACCACCAGCUGAAAUUACGUGGGUGGACAGCAAUGCCGGGGUACUGACGCAGGGCGUUACCAACACGGUCGAACCUUUGUCAGAUGGACAGAGAUUUACUGCAAGAUCCAUCAUCAGGAUGUCUCCGAAGCAAGAACACAACAACCAAACAUUCACGUGUCAAGCUCAGAACACUGCUGACCGGGCGUACCGAGCAGCUAGUAUACAAAUAGAGGUAAAAUACGCUCCGAAAGUGAAGAUCCGGAUUAAAUCAGGCAGAAGGAUACCCGAAGGUCAAGACGUUGUUAUAAGCUGCACGGCGGAUGCAAAUCCAAGCAAUCUGACUUUCCGAUGGGUUAUGAACGAGUCAAUUAUUGGAAAUAGUUCGGAGCUGAAAAUAGCGAACAUUUCGAGGGCUUACAACGGGGCGGUUCUGAAGUGCAUGGUCUUCAACGACGUCGGGAAAAGCGAGGAGACGGAGGCCCUCGAGAUUACUUAUCCGCCAUCGUUACGCACUCUCCCCAAAGACGUGGAAGCAGAAGUGGGCAAGCAGGUAACACUGACUUGUGAUGUCGACGGGUUUCCUGCGCCGGAGAUACGAUGGCUGCAUUACGAAGAGGAUACCAAUAUUAGAGUGGGCCGCACUGCAAACCUGACGCUCACCGUCGACACACACACUUCUGGACGAUACCUUUGUAAGGCCAGCGUCGAGGGCUACCCUGAAAUUGAGGCCGAGGCAUCUAUAUUCAUCAAAGGUCCACCGAAAAUCAUCUCCAACCAUACACAAUUCGGUUCACAAGGCGAUACCGUGAACAUAGAGUGCGCUGCUUUCUCCGUACCUCGAAUCGACACCAUUGUGUGGACAUACGAAGACAAGGAAAUCGAUACUGUGCAUGAUCACGAUUACCUGUUUCGUGAAGACAUACAACCGGGUGGCGUUGUCAACUCAACUCUGACCAUUCGGGAGAGUCAGUCGAAGCACUUUGGAACUUACAAAUGCAACGUUUCAAAUGACUAUGGAAGCGAUACUUUGGAAAUCACCCUGAGGCCCACCAAAUCAUUUCCUCUACUGCUGAUUCUGUUCGGAGUGACUUCUGGUACCAUUAUGGUGGCUGCAGUGAUAAUGCUAGUGAUACUCUGUCAGCGGAAGCAAAGGAAGAACAAGCAAGCGCAGGUCACAGAGAAACCGGAUGUAACUGUUACAGCAGAGGAGCUUUUCAAAGAGAACGACAGAAAUUCUAACAUAAGCGACCUGAAACUGGAACUUCGGCAAGCUAAUGGCAGCUGUGAAAUCGAUUAUUCAAACACUGGAUCGGAUAGUACAUUAUGUUCCAACGCCAAAUUAGGGAGCGGCAUACCUCUCGCCGGGUCGGUGCCGCUGUCCGCAAUAAAUCAGACCAGCACAUACCAGCCGUAUAGAUACAGCAAUGACUACACGGACCCCGCUUACGUGGAUUGUUAUAAGGUAAACGGUUUUGGUAACGGUUACCAAACCUACGUACACUAUGGCCACGACUACACGCCCGGUUCCUUGAGAGUGCAGUCUCCAACGCUGGGCAGUGAGAAACUUACACCAAAUAGGUCUAUAAACGGCAGUCUACCCAGAAGCGUGGAUACACCGUCAUCCGUUCAAUACAACGCCAGCAAUGGGUCGCAGAGCAACUCUUUGCAGCGGUCCACCAAGAGACAAGACAGUAGCACCGCUUUGAACACAUUGUCAAAUGAAGGUGCGAGAGUGCCAAACGGCGGUAUAAUCCAAGGUGUGGACGUGCGCUAUGCAGCCACGUAUGGCAACCCUCACCUGAGGACUGGUCUCAGUACGGUGCACACAGCGAAGCCUGCAUCGACGCCUGCGCCGCCGCCUUACUCCUCGGUCAGGAACUCGGUUAUACUGCCAUCAGGUACAUCGUCCCACUCCAUAACUUCGCCCACCAGCCUCGCGUCGCCGCAGUGUGCCACUAGUCCUAUUACUAAUUCCACCAUGUCGACUGACAGCGCACAGCCCAAUCAGGUGGUGACGUCAUCCGGCACUCCUCAGUCGCCGAGCGCGCACUACAUACUCGCGCCGUCGAAUCGAUCCCUCACCACCGCCACUGUUACUAAGAAGGGUAACAGUUUGCAACAACCGCUAGCAACACACGUGUAAGCGUUCCUAAAAAAAAAGUUUGUGUAGUGUCAAAAAGUUUAUCAAAAACUAUAAACUAAGUGUUAUGAAUUUAGUGAAAGUUAAUGAUUUUUCAAAAAUAGACUAAAAAAUGUUAUUUGUGGUGUGAAACACUUUUGUAUGUGAUUGUGUGGAUUUUUAUUAUGCGGUCAGCAAAAAAAAAAACUUUUAAAUGGAAUUAGUUAAUUCGAAUUAAAUGUAUAAAUAAUAUUACCUUUAUAAAGUGAAUGUUUUAUUCUAUGGAUUUUAAUUGUUUUAACUUGGAAAAAUGUAUAUUAUUUUUAUCUUUUUCUAUUCUCGCAAAGUUUAACAGUAGGCCUAAAUUUAUGCAAUUGUCAAUUAUUUUAAUGAAAUUUUAUUUUAAAUAUACUUAAAUGGUAUAUCAACAAACACAAAUAAUAUUAUAAAAAUGUUAAUUUAUAGGCAACCGUAUUCUCAGAUUUUUUUAUUUUAUUAUAUUUAGUAAAUAAUUUCAGAUUAUACAAUGAUUUUAAAGUAAUAAUCAUGUCUUUAUUAUAUAGUUAUGAAAUAUCGUCAAUUUCAAAUCGCCUUUCAAAUUUUUUGUAAAACUAUAAUAUUUUUUUUUACUUCAGGUGGCAAGUUAUUAAAAAAAAUAAGCAAAUAUACCUCAUAAUGACCUACUUAAUUAAUUACUGAGGCACCUUAACGUAAAACGCAACGCGUUUGUUUGUCUAAACUAAAAGAGCGUCUUCACAAUAGAAACAGAUUUUAAUAUUAUUUGAGGGUUGAGCAUGUAACAUCGAUACCCGUUUACCCGAAGCAACGUUGCAACAAUAAUAAUCAUUUGUAUUAAUAUAUAAAUGAAAUUUUUAUUCUUAAAUUUUUAUUAUUCAUAGAUUCGCCUGCUUUGUUAAAGAUCCUUUUUCACACACAAACUCACGGAUAACACGAUACUAAAUGACUUAUAUAAUGUUCAUUUUUAUUUUAUCGAAUAAAUUAAUAUAAAAAGUUAAUUGCAUUACUAUUAUACAUAAUAAUUCAUGAUUUAAACAAAAAAAUGUAUAUAUCGUUAUAUUUUAAUAAUUUUAAUUAAUACGUUUUUGAAUACAUAUUUAAUAUCAGAAAUGCUGGACACAAUAUUAGCGAUUAUUUCAUUUUUUUUUUUCAUUUUUUGUUAAUAUAAGAGACAAAUUAAUAAUUAAAUUAAGAUAAAGCUUUAAUUCCUAUUGAAAACGUGCCAUGAUCUUACAUAUCAAGUCGAUGUUACAAUAUACGGCCAUUAUUCAAUUCAAAUAAAAAAAAAUACAUUGAUUAUAUUUUCAGUUUUUUUUAAUACAUUGUUUGCCAGGGCGUUGUUACAUUGAAUAACUUUGGCAUAUUAUUUUUAUUAACUUUUUGAUUAUUAUUAAGUACUUUUCUAUAGUAUUCUUUGAUGCCGCAUUUAUGUUUUAAGUUUUGAUACUUAUAGGUUGAAAAAAAUUUAAGCAAGUUACUUUAUUUUUGUUAUGACAUUUUUUUCAGUAUUUUAUUAUUUUCGUUAGAUUAAAUUAAAAACAUAAAUUAAAUAUCUUUGUCUUGUUCAGCUGUAGUUAAAAAUGAUUCUAAAUAAUUUCUAUUUUGUAUUUCAGUUCUAUAAUAUAAUUAUAUAAUAUUAAUUUCUAUAAAAUAUACAAAUUAUAAUAAUUUCUAUUUUGUAUUUAAUUAUAAUUAAAUCGUUAUGUAAAUAUUGUGCAGGUAAACUUUCUAACUAGGUCUAAAAUCACUUCAAAAUCUUUAAGAAUUUUAGUGUCAAUUAUUCUCAAUACAUUCAAUUAUUUUUAUUAUUAUAUCUUAAACAAAACUAUGUUCCACUAUUGUAUUGUAAUGGAAUUAUAUUUCAUCUGUAUAGUAUAUUUCGGGAAGUUUGUAAAUAUAAUAGUAAGCUGACAGACACGCAACGCACUUGGUUUCAGUAUUAACUGAAGGUUCGGUUCGUGCGAGAUACAGACCUUCAAUUUUAACUAUACAGUCAAACUGUUCAGUUAAAUCGUCCGUUACAGCACAGUUAAACUGGCCAUCGAAUAUCGAAAUAUCAUUAAAUACAACUAUACAGUUUAAAUUGAAGGUGUGUACCAAAAAAACUGCGUAGGUUUUUUGGUAUUAAAGGUACUUCACUUGGGCACUUUGGCUACGGCUAGGCGACGCUGCGCUUACGGCUCGCCGUCUGCGAACUUAUGAAGUUUCAUUCAUAGAAUAUUUGGCGAACUCGAGUUGAUACGGUGCCGUUCCGUUUCUGAGCUAUACGUGUGACCAGUGGCGUGCAUAAGGUUGUCGAUCAGGGUAUGCACUAGUAAGAAAAAUUAAACAAACUGGGAAAAUCUGCAUUUAAUAAGUAUCUAGAAAAAUCUCUUAGGAUAUGCAGAACUUCAAUGCAUGUAUGAAGUGCACGCCACUGAUUGUGACAUGACCUUUGAUGUCAAUCAUGAUACUACAAGCGGAAAGAUAUAACAACUGAAAAUAUCACCGUGUGUGUGUAUGUUCGUAUACCCAAAACCCAAAUCUAAACACACUUCCCAAAGUAGACUAACCAUAACAUUUUCAUAUUAUUAAUUAAAAAAAAUUAUACAUUGUAGCUUUCACUAAUGCUCAAAUUACUCUAUAGAUAUUUCUGUUCUUUAAUAUUUCGAUCUAAGACUGAUUAGAUUAACAAUCUUUAUAAACAUGUCACACAAAAAAAUCAUGUUAUUUCAAUACAUAUCUCGAUACGUAAUAUUAGUUUUUCUAGUUCACAAAAAAUCGAGUCAUGAAAAGAGUCAAAAUCCGUUUAAAAAUUUAAAAAAAAGAAAAAAAAACAACUAAUUACUGUUAUAUUUCAUAAUAUAAUUUUAAUUGCUUUAUCAUUUUUACUUGUCUAUUAGGUGAAAAUAUAUUUAAUUAAACUCGCUAUUUAUGGUAGCCGAAAAAUUGUUUGCAUUUUCACAAAUAACUAUUUUUUUUGCUGGUGGGAUGCUUCGGCCGUGGCUAGUUACCACCCUACCGACAAAGACGUACCAAAAGGGGUGAGGAUUUUAUCCUCCUCCUAACAAGUUGCCCGCUUCUAUCUUAGAUUGCAUCAUCACUUACCAUCAGGUGAGAUUGUAGUCAAGGACUAACUUGUAAAGAAUAAAAAAAAAACAACAAAUUGUAGCUGUCUAUAUAUAGCAAGUAUUAUUGCUACAUAACACGAAUUUAUUUUCACCUUAUAGACAAGUACUCGACCUUACACUGAUUGGAGAUAUUCCGGGAACUUCGUUUCGAUGUUCAGAAUUAAUUUCAUUAGUCCACUCGAACUGGCUCGUAAGGGGAUAUUUUUGGAAAUAAACGACGUUAAUCAGAAGCCAAAUAAAUUACAUUACUUGUUAUUUGAUAUUGAUUCAGAAAGUUUUUGUGAUAAAAUUAAAAACUAUACAACAACACAGUAGGUAUCUUUUUUGCCGAAGGUAUAAUGUAUAAAAUAGUAUAAAAUCUAAGACAUAAUCUUAAAUAAUUUAAAAAAAUGUGACAAACAAGAUAAAGGUCGAAUAAACAAGUACAAACCUGUAAACAUUUUUGAAAUCCCCUGAAGACGCUAUGGUUGAAUUCGUUCAUUUUUAAAUCAUAUGUCUGCUCUAGGGCAGAAAUAUGAGUUUUUCUACCCGAUUUAUUGAUUGUAAAUUAAAAGUAAAACGACUGUUUGAAAAUACAAAAACUUCAAUCAUUAACAAAAAUCAUAAUCACAUCCUACUUUGGAAAGAAGGGGUUUAUAUUAUUGAUACGUAUGUAAUUAUGGUGUUGCCAUUAAAGUUUGAUAGGUCGUCUAAUUGUUCUAAGCCCAAUUUAAUGGAAACUACAGUAUCAAUUUUAAUGACGUGGCCGGGCGACAGUUAAUCGAUAUUUUCGAGGUUAAUCUCUGAAAACGGCUAAUGAAUUUUGUAUUUUUACUUUCUAUAUAAUAUAUGAAAUCUUUUGUUUAAAUAGUGAUCAAUUAUUUAUAUAUAUACCAUUAUUAUUAUUAUAGAUAAUUAGAUAUAUACCAUUGUAGCAAUAUGCCGAAGCUAUUUAACAAUCCAAGAUAACAUUACCAACAUAUUGGCAACUAAAUCAGUUGGUGAUACCGUCACAUAUUUUUUCCAAAAAUUACACCCAAACUUAAUGAAUAUUGAAAGAAUUAACAUCAAUUUUCAAUUAUCCGGAAAUAAUUAUUCACUAAUAAUAUUUUACAAAUUAAUACUUUUUUACAAAUUUCUCCAUUUGUAACCAAAUAUAUUGAGUGAUGCGAAUCUUUUGAUAUCUUAUUAACCUACACUACAGAUGAUAUUCUGCAGAAAAGCUGCGUGUUUGCUAAAUUAGUGUACAUUUAUUCAAUACUUAAUUCUAAUAACGGUUGUUGACUCUUUCUCGACUAUUAGCGCACAAGAAUAUAUAAUUUUGAUUUCUAGGUACUUACAUAAUUUUUGUUGCUUGUACUCGUAUAAUAUAAAUGCUAAAAGUGACAGUUUUAAACUUAAGACGUUGACUAUUUUUAACUAAUUCUUGAGAUUAGCCUAAAGAAAAGUUUAUUAUACAGAAAUAGGUUUUGUCCGUUUUAAUCGUAGAUAUUUUAAUUUAUAAAUCGAAAAUAAUUCCAAAAUAAACCAAAUUGAAGGUCACAUAAAUAAAAUAUAACUUUAUAUUGUAAAUUAUUAAGUAUCUAAUUGCUUAGAAUCAUGUCAUCCGUCUUUAUCAAUUAUUAUUAUUAGAGAAAAAAUAUAUUAACUUUGUGAUUUCUCAUAUUAAUAUUUGUAAUAUUAAUAAUAAAAUAAUAAAAUCUUUACGUACAUUUUAUUAAAUAACAAAGUAGACUUAACGUUUUAAAUUGUCACUCAAAAUUAUUUUGGUUUAUUUAUAAAAUAUUAUUGGAUUUAGCAAAAAUAUAUUAUUUUAUUCAAAUAUUAUAGACUGUCAAUUACCCAGAAUUGAGAAAUCACUGAGUUACGAGUAUGUCGUGUUUCUUGAUAAUAAAACUGUAAAUAGAUAAAAAUUGCUUAUACACUUGCUAUAAACUUUAUUAAAAAAAUGUUUAACUGUUUGUGAAUAGAAAAUUAUUCAAACAUUUUUAAGAAUCUACUGUAAUUUUGUAUAUUGUAAUAAUUAUGUAAAGUACACCUACUUACAAGGACUAUUGUAUCAUGACAUCCAAUAAUAAUAAUCAUGACAAAUAUUUCCAAAUUUCUUUUUCUUUUAAAAAUCGUUAAAAGAAAAAAAAAUAAACGGUCGAAUUGAGAAACCUCCUUUUUUAAGUUAAAAAAUUAAAGAAAUAUUUGUCAGAAUUUAAAUCUGAAGAUGGUGUACCUACUAUUAACUAAUCUUAAAACUAUACUCCGCGCCACGAUACAAGUCCCGUAGACUCGGCUCUAAUGUCUUAAUAGCGCUGAUUGUCGUUUGGUAAUAGCGGUAUUAUUGUCAUUUGUGUAAGAUGCUGUCAAUUUUAGUUCAGGUUUUACUCGCUGGACUUCUUUCGUGGCGUGGAGUCUAUUGUGUCUUAAGAUUACCAUUGACAGCUGUUUACAAUGAUUUACAACUGUUAGUUAACAAAAAAACAGUAAAAUUAUUAAUAUUAUGCAAUAAUUAACAUUAUGCAAUUCACGAGUAACAAUAAUUAUUUUUAUUAUUCAAUUAAUUAUAAUUUAAUAAUUGCAAAUUAUAUGUGAAUAAUUGUGACAUGGCUGUUAAUGAUAUUUUAAUACGCUGUAUAAUUAUUUUUCUGUGAUACAUAGAUUAAUGUGCGUGUAUUUUGUUUUUGUAAAUAUAAACACUGAACUAUUAACGAUUAAUGUAGUUCAAUUAAUGAACCUGUAAAUAGGUAAUUUAAAAGCUUUGAAUCUGAGAAACUAAUUUAGUGUAUAGAGGGUAAAUGGUUUUCGUGGAGUGAGAUUAUCCUAGAUAGCGGUGCGACGAGUGUUAUAAAUUUGCAAAAAAAGAAACAUGUAAGUUAGUGAAAUUGUACAAAAUACUUUUCUAAAUAAAACGAAACUUUGGCCUAUGUA